AUGGCCUCAGAGCAGUGGUUCGUGGACGUACAACCCCGGGGAGGCGAGGAAAAAGCACCACCUCCGGAGGAGACGGAGGGACCUGAGCCUGAAGCACCGUCCGGUCCAGAGCCCUGGGCGAAGCCUCCACAGAGGCCUGCGGACCCCACGGAGCAGGAGGCCGAAGGUCCUCGGGGGCCGCAGCCUGAGGCCGCAGCCUUCCCGCCGUCUCAGGGGCCGAUAGCUUCUUUUCGCCUACCCAUGGAGAGCCUGUUCUUCCCCAUCACCGAGCAGUUCCGCUACCUGUGGAAGAAGGCAGAUGACUUCCAGAGUUACUUACUCUACAGCAGGGACCGAGUACAGAAGGAACAGAUGGCUGAGGCCAUGCCCACCUUCUUAAAGAUGUGUGAGCCCUAUUUCCUGUACCUGGAGGCAGCUGCUCGGAGUGUGCCCCCCAUCUAUGGAGCCAUGCAGGAGGUGUUUCGAAAAGGGCUGUUGCAGAUCUCCCAACAGCUGGCCCUGCGUAUUGAACAGCUGGUCCUCAUGUUUGCCUCUUUUGGGCUAGUGGAAGUGGAGGACACUAACCCCUUCAGCAUCUCCAACUUCUUCUGUGGAACGUUCUCCAUCAGCCCUUCCCUUGAGAUGUCCAUCUUCAGAUACUGUGCCCCAGCUCCCUACACCGCCAGCCGCUUCCCCCCAUACCUCUACAAGAAGAUGCGCUGGAACCUGAAGAUCAGGGGGCAAGAUCGUGUUGUGGAUUACUACUUCCUAUGCUAUCGAGACACAUGGGAAGAAACAGGCAAAAGCCCAGCAAACUCCUGCGCCCAGAUCCAGAAGCUCUGGUCCCUUGGCCGGUGGGUGCCCCUGGGACCUGUUGAUGACGACGACAUUUUUUCAUGGCUUUUGUGCACCUAUCCGCUGGGGGACUACCAACAGCUGCUGACCAUCGGCUUCGAGGAGCCUUCGCACACGCUGGCCACUGACCUGCUGGUGCAGAUCCUCACAAGCCAGGCAGGCACUGCCCCGCCUCCGAGCACUGCCGGGCCGGGGCCAGGGCCCAAGGCCGCGCAGGGAUCUUGA